UCUUAUCUGCCUGUGCUCCAGUUACAAAUACAUUGGAAUGAUCAUGUUUUUUGUUAACCAGUCGGUACUGUCUUCAUUAUUCCUGCAUGUAUUUCUACUAAUAUUUAAUGUCAUACUAUUGACAGGUACUGCUGAGGAGUUCCAGAUUUCUCAGCCCCAGAGGUCAAUAUACGUUUCUGUUGGUAAUAAUGCAACAAUUACCUGUACUCUAAGCGGUCUAGUGAAAGUUGGAGCAGUAAGAUGGAACAAGACCUAUGGUUAUGAAAGCCAAUCCAUUUUUCCUAAAAUAACAGAAAAUGGUGCUCUGUUUGAUGAUAGAUUCAAAAGGAUUCAUGAAAAUAAUAAUCUGGACUUCUCUCUUCUUAUUACAAAUGUUACUGCUGAGGACACUGGAGUAUAUUAUUGUAUAAAGUUAAAUGCUAAUAUGCAAGUACUUAAAGUUGGGCAAGGAACUACUCUGUAUAUAAUGGGUAAUUCUGAUGAGAGGAGCAUGAAGAUAACUGCAGCAGUUGUGUGCACACUUCUUGUGCUGAUUGUGUUAAUCGUUAUGCUGUACGUCUGCUUCAGAAAGUGCAAAGGUAAAUCUGACACAGUCACAAGCAGCAAGACCUGUGCAUUCAGUUUAAAGGAAAAAUAUCAGGAUAACAUGCAGGAGGAAAUUGCCUUUCAAGAAAAAGAUACUUCUGAAAAAACAGUAACUGAAGAGUGUAUUUCAACUGUUUAUGACAAUACAUCAUCACCAACACCUGCAGAUGCUGAUAAUAUACUUUAUGCUGAUCUAAACUCAGAUGGGUUACAGCAAAAAGCAACAUCACCUAACAAGGCCGCAGAAUCCUACACUGAGUAUGCUGAACUCCGUAAAAAUUAACUAAGACUUUUAACGUGAAAAAAAAUGUGAAAAAUAAGAGGCCAUGAACUAGAAGCAAAUGCUUUUUUCACAGAGUAUUUGAUUCUGGAAUGUUUAUCCUUACAGAUAUCCAAAUUAAUGAAUAUGACUUAAAACCUUUAGGUAAUCGAACUGCUCACACUUCAUUGUUUUGGUCUCACAAGAGACUACUAAGUAACAUCAACACUAAGAAUUAAAUAAAUUGGUCAUAAUCUAUAUCUUGUCAUAUCAUAUAUUUUUUUUCUCAAAUAAUUUUUAUUUUCCAAAUAUAUUUAACAAAACAAUCAUCAGUGAAAAGUAUUAGAAGCCUUUAUAUACACUAUGUACAAUUGACCUGAACAAAAAAUAUGAUAUUCAAUUAAUAAAGUAUAAAAUUACACAUUUAAUUAGUUAGAGUUCAGUUUUAAUGUCUCAAUAAGAGCAAUAUUUUUUUCCCAGGAUUGUUUAUCCAUGUUUUAGGAGAGAUUCUCAGUUCUUUCACCUUAAUUUCUAAUGUCGCUGUUUAAUCCAUCAAUCUCAAGAAUUCUUCCAAUGUAAGUUCUUGUGAAGACUUCCACUUUUUAGUUAUACAUUUCCUUGCCACAGCUAGUAUGGACCAAAGUAGGUAUAGAUAAUUUUUAUUCCUUUCAGUAGUAUCAUUAACAUUUAAGAGGACUAAAGAUUUGGUUAAAAUAAAGGUGUCUGUGAAUAUAGCUUGGAGAAAAAUAGUAAUUUCUUCCCAGAAUGUUUUUAUGUUAAUACAAUCAAAAAUAUAUGAGAACAGUCAGCUUUUACAGGUUAAAGGACAUCUCCAACAAAUGGAUUUAUCAAGUAAAUUAAAUUUGGCUUGUUUAUCAGGUGUAAUAAAUGCCCUGUGAAUAUAUUUCCAGGCAAAUAUUUUCCAUACUUGUAAAUUAAAUGUUAACUUAAUAGAACAUAAAAAAUUUGUUUUGCUUUCAGUUGAUAGAUUGGUAUGACAUCCUUUAGCUAUGAAAUUCCAGUAUCUUGUAUUAGGGUUAGUUUUAUAUGUUACCAAUAUUUUGUAUAAUUUUGAAAUUAGAUUUGUUCAAUUAUAUUUGUUAUAAAUAACUUCAACUAUAAGACUUAUCAAUACUUUUUUAUUGUUUGAUAUUCCUUGAAGGUGGAAACACCGAAGCGCUAGAAAGAAAUAAAAUAAAUUUUGUUUUACGUAGUUGCCUUUUUGUUAUCUAUAGUCGGUGGUUAAUUGGGUCAGAGUUGUAUUGAAUUUGGAAGGAAAAGUGGACUGUUUGUGUUUUACAUAUAAGACUUAGCAAAUAUGGACUAGUUUUAUAAGGUGAAUUAAUAAUUUUAUAGUUAAGAUCUUUGGCAUAUGAUAAUAUGCUUUGAAGUGCCAACCAAUCUACCGUUGAAAUGUCAUAUAUAUUUUGAAUUUGUUGAAUGUCUAACACUACUUGAUUCUUUAUACAGCAUUGCCAAUAAGUGAAGAUGUUCCCCUCCUAUCUAGUUAGAAUAACAUUAUGAAUUUUGCUGAAGA